UUAUUUUCAGUUAUUUUGCGAGGCAGAAAACGCUCUGGUCGUAGAAAGUGAAAAGUGAAAAGCAUGACAAUAGACACCGCCACCAUGGGAGAGCAAGAGCAGCUGCGCCUUCAACUCUCCGCCCUCCACUUAAACACUCCGCCUCCUCCGCCGACUCCUUACCAAAACUUGUAUGAGUCUGAUGACCAACAAGUCUUCUACAACGACGACGGCUUGCUGUUCGACAUCGGGCUCGGAAACGUGAUUGUCGUCGAUAACCUUCCAAUUGUUGAUGCCAGGAUGGCCGAGAAGCUCGAAAGCGAAAUCCGACGAGCGUUUAGUGAAGUUGGUGUGAUUAAACACGAUGGGGUUUCCGUGCCUUUGAAUCCCCAAACUCACGAAAGCUUGGGUCGUUGUUUUAUAGAGUUUAAUUCUCGUCAGGAAGCUGAAGUUGCUAGGGAGAAGAGAGAUGGAUACAACUUCCAUACGCAUACACUAUCAGUAAGCCUGUAUGAUGAUUUGGACAGGUUCGUUGAUAUCCUUGAUGUGGGGACUACCAUUGAAACUUCUCCAGCCGCUUUUAUGUCCUCAAGGCAUACGGGGCCGCCCCCCUUGCUUAGUCCCUUGAAAGAGGAAGAUGAAGAAGUACUCGAAGAAGCACAGCGAGUAAACCACGGCAGAAAAGUAAGAGACGAAAAGGAGCAAGAUUUCGGGGAAGUCACGGCAUCGAUGGGAAUGAUGAGUAUUAGAGGGGAAAGCAUGGAAUGAAGACUGCAAGUGUACAUGCACAUUUUAAGUGAAUUUCCAGUGCUUAGUGCUCUAAAUUUUCAUCCCAUAUUUCUCACCCAACAUCUUUGUUACAAGUUUAUCCGGCAUAAAAUUACUUUCAAUGAAAUAUAAUCUCUUUCAAACAAAG